GCAUGACGUGCACCUCUUGCUCAAACUCCAUAGAGUCUUUCGCUGAAAAGCUGGAUGGAGUGCAAAAGGCCGUAGUAGCCCUCGCCACGGAGGAGUGCGAGGUGAGGCACGAUGCUGGAGUGAUUUCUCACGUCCAGCUUGCCGCCGCCAUAGAUGACCUGGGUUACGAGGCCGAGCUUCUGAUCGCAGGUGAAGAGACGAACAGAAUCCGUCUGCAGCUGGAAGGCGUGACGGCUGCAGCGGACUUCCAGCUCGUGAAAGAGAUGCUGGUGGCUCUGUCCGGCGUGACAUCGGUGGAUUUGGAUUUCAGCAAUGCGAUGGUCACAGUAUCGUACGAGCCCGACAGGGCUGGGCCGAGGACUUUCAUAGAGACCAUCGAGCAGGCGGGAGUUUUCACAGCGAAGUUGGAGGCACCUCGUGGUCGUGGGAGUCACGACAGGGGCUUGGAGAUCCAGCACCACAAGAAGUACUUCCUUUGGAGCUUGGUGUUCACGGUCCCAGUGUUCUUUUUGUCCAUGGUGUUUAUGUACAUACCAGGCAUUAUGGAGGGUCUGGAGCACGGCAGGCUGAACGGCUUGUCGAUCGGAGCUUUGCUGCGGUGGAUUCUUGCGACUCCGGUGCAGUUCGUUAUCGGGAGAAGGUUCUACGUGGGAGCGUACAAGGCGCUCCGGCGAGGGUCGUCGAACAUGGACGUGCUAAUUGCCAUGGGCACGAACGCAGCGUACUUUUAUUCUGUGUACAUAGUGUUGCGGGCGGCUACGUCUCCUACGUUCAAGGGCACGGAUUUUUUUGAAACGAGCGCGAUGCUCAUUUCGUUUAUCAUCCUGGGAAAGUAUUUGGAAGUAAUGGCCAAGGGGAAGACCUCGGAAGCCGUUGCCAAGCUGAUGGACCUCGCUCCGGACAAGGCGACUCUGCUCACUCUGGACGAGGAGGGGGACGUGGCAGGAGAGAGGGAAAUCGGGGCCGAGCUCAUCCAGCGGCGAGACAUCAUCAAGGUGGUACCGGGCUCGAAAGUGCCCACGGACGGUGUGGUGGUGUGGGGACAAUCCUUCGUGAACGAGAGCAUGAUAACAGGCGAAGCCCGCCCCGUACCGAAGAAAUUAGGGGACAAGGUGAUAGGAGGCACCAUGAACGACCACGGCGUGAUACACAUUCGAGCCACACACGUAGGGGCGGAGACCGCAUUGGCACAAAUUGUGCGGCUGGUGGAAGCCGCCCAAAUGGGCAAAGCUCCGGUCCAGAAGUAUGCGGAUCGCAUCUCCACUUACUUCGUCCCCGCCGUGGUGGUCGCGGCGUUCGUCACGUGGCUGGCUUGGUACGUUGGAGGCAAAGCACGCUCGUACCCAAAGUCAUGGAUUCCGGCUGCGAUGGACGAGUUCGAGCUGGCACUUCAGUUCGGGAUAUCAGUGCUCGUCAUCGCGUGCCCCUGCGCCCUCGGCCUGGCCACACCCACCGCAAUAAUGGUUGCCACAGGGAAGGGCGCGACGCAGGGGAUCCUGAUCAAAGGGGGUCAGGCACUGGAGGCUGCACACAAGGUGAAGACGGUGGUUUUCGACAAGACCGGGACGCUGACAAUCGGGAAGCCCAUCGUCGUUCACACCAAGCUGCUCACGAACAUUCCUCUGCACGUGUUCUACGACACAAUCGCAGCAGCGGAGGUCAACAGCGAGCACCCACUGGGAAAAGCGAUCGUCGCGUACUCCAGGAAGAUCAGCGGCGAGCAUUCGUCCCAUGGUCAGCAGCAACACGAGGUGCGUGAUUUCGAGGCCAUUCCAGGGCAGGGAGUGCGCGCCGUGGUGGACGGCAAGGCGACCCUGGUGGGGAACAUGCGACUGAUGAAGGAGCACGGGAUCCACAUAUCGGAAGAAGCGGAGGAGCACUUGCGCGAUGUGGAGACUUUGGCCAGGACGGGAGUGAUGGUUGCCAUCGAGAGGGAGUUGGUGGGGGUGGUGUCCAUCGCGGAUCCAGUGAAGCCGGAAGCAGCCAGAGUAAUCAGCAUCCUCAAGUCAAUGGGCGUGCGCAGCAUGAUGGUCACGGGGGACAACUGGGGCACAGCCGUGGCGAUUGCGAGGGAGUUGGGAAUCGAGAGGCCAUGCGUGCACGCAGAGUCGUUGCCAGAAGACAAGGCCAGGAUCGUGGAAGAAAUGCAGGCGGCAGGGACGUCGGUGGCCAUGGUGGGGGACGGCAUCAACGAUUCGCCAGCGUUGGUCGCAGCGGACGUGGGGAUGGCGAUAGGAGCGGGGACGGACAUCGCGAUCGAGGCGGCGGACAUCGUGCUGAUGAAGAGCAACCUGGAGGACGUGAUCACAGGGAUAGACUUGUCACGGAAGUCGUUCUUCAGGAUCUGGCUGAACUACGUGUGGGCGUUGGGGUACAAUGUGCUGGGCAUCCCCAUAGCUGCGGGGGCGCUGUUCCCAAGCACGGGGUUCCGGUUGCCUCCGUGGGUGGCGGGUGCAGCCAUGGCGGCGUCAUCGGUGUCGGUAGUAUGUUCGUCGCUGUGGCUGAAACGCUACAAAAGGCCGAAGGUGGUGGAGGAGAUAGACACGAGUGUACAGCGGUAGUAGGCGCGGAGCACGUUCCAGUGCCUUCUCACAGUUUUGCGAAGCAGAUCAGUUUUGCACAGCGUCUUCGGGGAGCUGUAUUUCAGGCGGCGCCCGCUCGUGCCUGGGCUCAGGGGCGGGUGUCGCCUCAAACACAGCGCUCUGGGUGACAUGUAAAUAGAUAUAUUUUUUUUUCAUUUUAUAGUAUUUGUGUUCACCUUUGAUAAUUUUAGGGUAGGAUUUUUUAUUCAUUCAUUAGUUUAUUUUGUUGUGGGCAUUUUUAUUGAUGAUUUUAUUUUGAAUAUUUUAUGUAUCUUAAAAUUCUAGUAAUUGAUACUCAAAUCAUUAUAUAAUUCGAAUUAAAUGGGAUUCAUCUACAGAUACUUGUAAUUUAAUACAAUUUUUCUUGUUCAA